AACCACAAAGAUGCCUGCUCCUGCCAGUUCUUCAGCGCGCGCCCUCAACGCUAUUCUUCCUCUCAUCGCCUCUGGACAACCCUACGAAGCCCACCAAAAAGCUAGAACUUUCGCCUCGCGUUACUCAAAGUCAGGACAAUAUGAUACAGCCAUCGACGUGCUCUUCCAGUCUGCACGGGAGCUGCUUAAGGUCGGACAGCAGGGUAGUGGGACAGAUCUCACAUCUUUCCUACUUGAUGUGUACGAGACCAAAGGAGAAGAUGUAAACGAUGAAUCGAGAGGCAGAUUGACGCAACUGAUUGCUCUGGCGGGAUCUUCGGGAUCCUGGAGAAAAACAAUAAUUGAUAAGUCGUUAUCAUGGUCAGCCAAACAUGGACCAUGCCCUGCUGGCGAUCAGGAUCUUCAGCACUACGUUGGUGAACUGCUGUAUAAAGAUGGUGCAUUUGAUGAUGCUGAGCCACAUUUCCUGGCUUCAGGUAAGAGAGAUAGUGCGCGUUUACUUGCGGAAAUGACCGUCGAGUGGUCUGCUGCUGGCGGGAUGCCUAGUACAUUUGCCCUACGAGGAAUCAUUCCUUAUUUGCAAAAUGGCAAUAUUCUCGCUGCUCGAACUUUUAUUACCCACUUUGUAACUCAGCUCAUUUCUUCGAAGCCGACAAUACGUUCAAAGCUGCAAACUUCCCCUCUUCCUAUUGGACCCAGUGACAACCCGAAAGGCGAACUAAUAUACACUAGCGAUUCCGUGCUCAAUUUCUGCCAACUUGCUGUGUUGACUUGUCAGAGGGCACAGGGUGACAAGAAUAAGUCUAUCAGAGAGUCUUGGGUAAGGCUUUGUGGAACGUAUCAGUCAAAGGGAGGUAUCCUAGCCCACAGGGAAGUCCGAAUGGGUCUAAAUGAAAUCGGGCAAUUAUAUUUCGCCAUUCCGCCACCACGUACUCAGCCGGCAAAUCCAUUCGGAAAUAUGCUCUCUUCAAUGCUGGGAGGAGGAAUGCCUGGGGGAGGAGGGGGUCCACCACCACGUAGAGUUCUGUCUCCCGCUCCAAAGGGACCUUCAACACCUGGCCUGGAUUAGGUUGGUGCAGUAUACGGAGGGGCAUCAGGAAUAUAGCUCGCUCUACCUUUCAAAAGUGUCUUUCUACGUCCUCGUUAUGUUGUGUAGACACUGAAAUAUAGUUGUAUUCAUGGGACAUUUGCGACUGCAUGCACCAAUGUAUUGGGUGGGCUAGUU